AUGUGUCAACUCGAUAACCGUUUUAAAGCGGCAAGUGGCUAUGGAUGCUACUAUAUUAGUGAGGAGCAAGUGGCUUGUACGUGUCCUAAUGAUCAUUACGUGAUGAAUCGUCCAUGCAGAGUGUGUGAUAGAGAAGAUUUUUGUGGUUCACUUGAUGUUUUGUGUGCAGAAGGAAACACAUCUCUACUCAACGCAUAUUUCGCAUGUGCCUGCCUUAAUGGUCAAACCCUCAUGGGAAAUCCAUGUGACGGAGUUCAGCAAACAAGCACGUCGACUAGUACCACAACCUUGACAACGUUAACUAGUCAUAGUAAUAUAAUGGUAUCACAGUCUGACAUCACGAGCACAACAGGCAGCGAAACGGAAAGCGAUCGGAACACUUCUCAUUUGUGUUUCAUCCUAACAACAACAGCGAAAGGAUCCAGUGGAAAUCCAAGGACAAGCAAACUACGACUGACGUUAGUGAUCGUUGGUAGUGCUAUAAUCGGUGUUGGAGUAAUAGUAACCGCAUUUAUGAUGAAAAGGCAGAUAGGUUAUAAAAAUGGACGAUUUAUGCGUAAAAAACGGCGUUAUUCUUUGCCGUCAGAAAAUCGAAUUUCUGUUCAUGGUGUGGCCUAG